CAGUGAUACGAGCCCUUUUUAUUGGCAUCUUGAUAUGGAUUGGAUAACAUUAAAAAAUUAUCAUGAUUAUCUACAUACUUGUGGCUAUUCCAUUUCUGUUUCUUCUCUAUGUUGGCUAUCUAUUGUGCAAGUUGUAUGUAUUCAACAGAUAUCCAAAGAAUGUUUUUCUGGCGCCGCACUAUCUAACAGAGAAUGUUGUCCAAACCAAAAAGUUCAACAAGAAUCCUUUCAAGAAAGAAAAACUUGCAGAGCAUUAUGAUGCAAUCAUUAUUGGCUCAGGUGUUAGUGGCAUUAUUUGGGCAAGAUGAUAGGUCCAGAAAGUGAGCUGAUGGAUCUUCUCUGUGAUAGAAAAUUGAGAUGUUGUCCCUUGAUGAGAACUUUGAUAAUCUGUCCAUUAUUAAUUCUGCUACAAAUGAAAAGUUGUUAGAAAUAGAAAUUCCUGAAGGUCAAGACAAGUUAAUCAAAAAGCUCAAAGAAGUCUUUCCAGAAGAAUCCAAAGCCAUUGAUGAGUAUGUUGAGAUAUCGUUUCCACCAAAGUAUGAAAUUAUUCCAGUUAUUAUUUUAAAGUGUUUCCCAUUCAUAUUUUCCAAAUUAUUCAAGUAUCUAGUUGCACCAAAAUUUAUGAAUUAUGUCCAUACUAGUAUUGGUCAAGCUCUUGACAAAUUGACGUCCAAUCAGCUUCUUAAGAGUGCCAUUUGCUAUAUUGGCAUAGAUUAUGGUUCAAAUCCAAAAGCAACUCCACUCUAUGAGCAUUCAAUGAUUCACAAUAUUUUCAAGAAUGGUGGUCACAUUCCAAAGGAAGGAGCAGACGAUAUUGUCGAAAGUUUGAUAAAGGUCAUUAGAAAAGGAGGUGGAGAUGUGAUGAGCAAGGCAAAUGUUGCUUCAAUCCACAUCAAUAAGGAAGGAAAAUGUGGAGGAGUGUGCGUGUUAAAGAACAAGGACUCUAUCAUUAUUGAAUCUCCGAUUGUAAUUUCAUCUGCUGGAGUUUACAAUACUUAUUCAAAGCUCAUUCCUCGUCCAAUAAGAGAAAAACUUGGCUACAAUCACUUCAAGUACACGCCUUCAUAUUCUGUUCAGGCAACCUUCCUUGGCUAUGAUGGCACAAUAGAAGAAUUAGGAUUAAAGUUCCAAAACUAUUUCAUCAUGACUAACCCUGAUUUUGAUGGUCAAUUUACCAGAUACAUGGAAAGUGAUGGAGAUAUUGACCCAAAGAAUGGCAUUGAUAUUCCAAUCUUGAUAGCCAAUCUCAGACCUUAUAAUAACAAGGUUUCAAUGACUAUCCUCAGCUUUGCCAAUCAUGCAUGGUUUCAAGAGUGGAACCAUCAACGAGUUGGACAACGUAGUGUUGACUAUGAAGACUUGAAGGAGAGAAUUGCCAAUCGAGCCCUCGAAUUAUUAUACAUGAAACAUCCACAACUUGAAAAUAGACACUCUGUAAUGAGUACUUCCUCACCAAUUACAUUUAAUCAUUAUCUAUCCAAUAAUUUUGGAGAUUACAUGGGUUUUAAGAGAGUGGUUGGUAAUGAUGAUGGUGUAUUCCGUUGGGGAAGGCCAAUGUCCAAUCUGGAGAAUUUGUUUUUGGUUGGGCAGGAUAUCUUUGCAGGAGGUGUGCAGGGAGCAAUGUUGAGUGCUUUAAUUACAUGUGGAUGCGUGUUGAGGAGGAAUUUGUUUGAUGACUUGGCAAAGGCCGUUGAAGAGAUGAAGAAGUGGAAGGCUUUGCUAUUUUGUUUUAAAUAA